AUGGCGACGUCGUCUGAGCAGCUCACAGUGACCGCGCCGAGCGCCAACCUGCCGGCGCAGCAAUCUGUAGCGGAAGGGUCUGACGGUACUGCGCGAGGUACCACGCCAGUGGAGAUGCGGACGCUGGCAUCGGCGUUACAAUCUACCGCCCAGCCCAUAUCCUCUGGUCCUCCUCAACUAUCGCUACCACCGAAGGGAGAGUCGUCAUUGUCGCAGGAUAUCGCGGAGGCAAGGUCGGAAGGGGCAACACCAACACAGAAGACUACAGCGCAGCCAUCGUCAUCGACAGCGCAGACCGCCGAAGCUCCUGCCCUUACAACCACCGUGACGAAUGAGGGAAUCGGGCCCAAUACAGACAGCCCAGUCAUAGCAGCGGCGACGAAUCCAGAUAUCUCGGAAGGCCCAGUCAUCACAAUAACACUGCUCCUCACAAACGGCGCAAGGCACCCGUACAGGGUGGAUGGGAAAUAUCUGAAGAGGCGUAAGAUCGCUGUGGAGGAGAAUGAUCCACGUAAUAUUAGUGUUUACACGCUUAAAGAGCUGAUAUUGCGCGAUUGGCGGUCAGAAUGGGAAGCGAAACCCUCGUCGCCGAGCUCGAUACGGCUGAUACACUUUGGGCGCAUGUUGGAUGAUAAGGUGCCACUCAAAGACUGCCGUUUCCAAACAGAAUCGCCAAACGUGGUGCAUAUGACCAUAAAGCCACAAGAAAUCGUUGACGAAGAAGAAACAAGAACGGGUAAGGGUGGCAGCCGCAGAGACGGCGACGACGAAACACACGCCGGAUGUCGCUGUGUGAUCCUAUAA